UCGUGUCGUUCGGAUUGUUUAGCUGCGGAGCUCCGGUGGUGUCGUGAGGUUGCGAGUUGUACACUUGAAUAAAGCUGUGGAGAGCUGGUCCCCCUAUGAGCGACCCAACUAGGGUGUGGUGCGUGUUGAAUAAGCACUAGUUUUCCAUUUAAGUAACACUGAUCUGAAGAAUUGAAGAGUUUGUGGUUUAAAUAGCUAGGAUAGAUUUUGCAUGUAGAAAAUAGUUUAGAAGUGAAGUGAAAAUGAAUCGUUUGAAAAUCAAUUUGUACGCGUUGGCAAGUGUGCUGCUGCCACUUGUUUGCGUCGCCCAAAGAACCCCUUCGAUUUCGUACAUUACGCAGGAACAGAUCAAGGAUAUCGGUGGAACGGUGGAGCUGGAGUGCUCUGUCCAAUAUGCCAAAGAAUAUUCCGUUCACUGGAUCAAAACUGGUCGCGAUCGGUCAGAUGUUGUUUUCCUCUCGACCGGUAGUGCCCUGGUUCUGAAAGAUUCCCGCUUUGCAUUACGCUACGAUCCGUCAUCGUCCAGCUACAUCCUGCAGAUUAAGGACAUACAGGAGACCGACGCCGGCAUUUACCAGUGCCAGGUAGUCCUGUCGGUGACCAACAAGAUUACGGCUGACGUCGAAUUGCAGGUCCGGCGACCACCGAUUAUUUCCGACAAUUCAACCCAGUCGCUGGUUGUCUCGGAAGGCCAAUCGGUGCAAAUGGAUUGCUACGCGUCCGGUUACCCGCCACCACAGAUUACCUGGCGUCGGGAGAACAACGCUAUCUUGCCAACAGGUGGUGCAAUCUACACCGGAAACAUACUGAAGAUCAACUCCGUCAAGAAGGAAGACCGCGGUACGUACUACUGCGUGGCCGACAACGGCGUCAGCAAGGGCGACCGGCGUAACAUCAAUCUGGAGGUCGAAUUCGCCCCGGUAAUCACCGUUCCGAGACCCCGGCUCAGUCAGGCCCUGCAGUACGAUAUGGACUUGGAGUGUCACGUGGAAGCCUACCCGUCGCCGGCGAUCGUUUGGGUGAAGGAGGAUGUGCAGCUGUCCAACAAUCAGCACUACGGUAUCUCGCUGUUUGCCACGGCGGACGAAUUCACCGAUACCACCCUGCGUGUCAUUACGAUUGAGAAGCGGCAGUACGGUGAUUACUACUGCCGGGCAACGAACAAACUUGGCCAAGCCGAAGCCCGGGUCGAGCUGUUCGAAUCCGUCAUUCCGGUGUGUCCACCGGCGUGCGGGCAAAAUUACUACGGAGGCGAUGCUAGCGCGAUAACCGCCUCGAGCUUCUUGCUGUUAAUCACGCUGCUAGCGGCAAUAUUCUAGGCUGACAAUCACCCCUUCGUGAUAUGUCCUUUUCCGAUAAAAUAAAUUUUGGCCACGCCCUUUACACGAAUCACAACGACAAAACAAGUUAGGGUAACGAAGAAAAAUGAAACACAGUACGUACCUUAGGGUCAAAUUCUUAUUAGAAUACAAGUAGGUCUUUCCCUGCCAUGUGUGCUUGCGUAAUGGAACAAUUUAUUCGAAAGCAAUUUCUAGAUUAAAUUAUAUUGCUGAGCGGGAUUAGAUCCCUAAGGGCAAAGUUUAAAGAGAUGAAACAUUCCAACAAUCGGUAAACAAGGGCGAAGUAAAUAAGUUGUAUUUUGUUCAAACGAAUGUAACAUACAGAACAUUAGCGUAGAGCUAGCGAGCGGUUAUACAGAAGAUUUGAAUGGAGAGCCGAAUCUCUAAUCUAUUAGACUAUAGGACAAAAUUAAAUAAGGAUAAACUUUGUUAGCAAAGCAGAAUGUCAUUAUAAUUUAAUGAAUCGAAAUCGUAAUUUUAACACAUGACUAAGUAUUGCGAAUAUCUGGAAUAUAAUAGUAUAGUUCCGUCCAAACGUGACCAUGUCCCUCCCUCGAUGAGACCAAGCUCGAUUGAUAAGACUACCACUAACUACAUAUCUCUACAAACAUAACGGGUGAGCUGAGAACUGGUUUAAGCCGACAAUUUUCUACCGAAUAGACAUGGAGGUCUUUCCGAAUGCACACAAUGUAAAAUUACAUUCCAAAACAGCAGAAAAUCGACACAAAUAGAAUAAAAGU